GUGAGGGAGGGCUUAGGUUUCUUUCUGUUGCUCAGCUGCUAAAGAAGAAAAAAUAAAAAAGGAGGGACGAUGAUGAUGUGUAAUAAGACAACACCUUUAGGCUGCUGCUCUUUCAUCAUCAAAAGAUUUAAAGGUAAAUCCGUCCCCAACCCCUACAUCUUUUCAUCAUGUUCUUCAAAUCAUUUUCAUAUCCAUUCCCCCACCCUUUCUAAAUAUCAAAAGGUUACCAAUUUGGAAGAUGCCCUCCACCUGUUCGAUCAAAUGACUCACACAAGACCUCUUCCUUCGGUUGUAUACUUCACCCAGCUCUUGAAUUCCGUAACCAAAAUGAAACAUUUUUCACAUUCCAUUCGUCUCUUCAACCAUAUGUGUGCCAUUGGCCUUCCUGUUGAUGACUACACUGUGAAUGUUGCCAUCAAGUGUUGUUGUCAGCUGCGUCGAACCAAUGACGCUUUUGCACUUUUAUGCUUUUGCUUUAGACGAGCCAUUGUACCUGAUGUCUACACUUUUAGUACACUCUUAGACGGACUCGUCUUAGAAGACAGGAUUCAUGAGGCUGUGAUCUUCUUCAAGAAACUCAUCAAACUCAAACUCUGUGAACCAGAUGUUGUUAUGUUUAACACAAUGAUCAAAGGCCUUUGCAAGUUCGGAAAUAACGACACUGCCAUUUCUUUGCUUAGGCUCAUGGAUGAAAAAGGCUCUAAACCUGAUGUUUUUUCAUAUAGUACCAUCAUUGAUGGUCUUUGCAAGGACCAAAUGAUUGAUGAUGCUUUCAAUCUAUUCAAAGAGAUGGUCUUUCAAAAAGGUAUUCCACCGGAUGUCGUCACAUAUAACACUUUGAUUUCUGGUCUAUGUAUAUUAAGUCGGUGGGAUGAGGCCUCUACAAUGUUAAAAGAAAUGGAUGAUUAUAGGAUCUCUCCAAAUGUGCGUACCUACAGUAUAUUGGUUGAUGCAUUUUGCAAGGAAGGUAAGACAAAAGAAGCAGAGAGUGUCCUCAACAUCAUGGUUGAGAAAGGUAAACUUCCUGACCUAGUGACAUAUAGUUCGCUCAUAGAUGGUUAUUGUUUGCGAGGUGAAAUGACCAAAGCAAGGAUAGUUUUGGAUACCAUGGUGUUUAAAGGUAUCAUCCCCAAUGUUUUUACUUACAAUAGUUUACUGAAUGGGUAUUGCAAGAAGUCAAUGAUAGAUGAGGCCUUGCAUAUGUUUAGUGAAAUGAAGAGAAAGGGUUUGAAACUAGAUGUAGUUACUUACAACACCGUGAUACAAGGAUUGUUUAAGGCUGGACAUUGUAGGGAUGCACAGCUACUCUUUGAUGAGAUGCGAGCGCAAGGCCAAAUUCCAGAUGAAUGGACUUACAGAAUAGUUCUAGAGGGACUUUGCAACAACAACCAGUUAGAUGUGGCACUUUCUUUGUUCAAUUUAAUGGGUAAUAGCAAGCUAAAUUCGGAUGUUGUUGUGUACACUACCCUUAUUGAUGGUGCAAGCAAAUGCAGGAAGCUUGAUAUUGCAAGGGAUCUUUUCCAUAGGCUGAUUAACAAAGGUUUUCAACCUGAUGUCCGUGCAUAUAGCGUGAUGAUCAAUGGUUUGUGCCGGGAGGGCCUUGUGGAAGAAGCAAAGCAGUUGUUUCUUAAAAUGGAAGAGAGUGGUUGCUCACCGAACAAGGUCAAUUAUAAUGUAUUUCUCCAAGGAUGUCUUAAGAACCAACAGUAUGAUGACGUGGAAAUGCUUCUAAAGGAAAUGGACCAACGAGGUUACUCGCUUGAUGUCACAAGUUUGUCAAUGCUAGUUGAUAAAAUUGCAGUGAAAUCACUUGAUAGAGCGAUGCUCACUUUGAUAGGUAAGCUUGUCCCAAAAGAAUUGAGGAAUGCUCCCCCUUUUUCCCCAUAGAUGAGAAAUGGAGUAUGGCAAGUAUAGUAUCUGGUUUGGCACUCAAGAUAUUACAAGAAUAUCAACAACCAUACCUCUGAAGCCCGACCGUGCCCCAUUUAGUUAGUCAAACAAUAUGAAAAUGAAGACCUGAGAUCAGAAAAGUGCACCAAAUGCCGGUCAACAACCCCUCUGUACAUUGGCAAACGGGGAGGUUGAGCUAUUGGUAGUGCUGGUUCUUUCAUGAGCUAUUGGUAGUGCUAUGUGGGUGAGUGUCUGAUGGUAAAGACUGUAGAGGAUGGUUGUGUUUUUUGUUGUGUGUGUGAGAUACGUUAGGUUAGGAGAUAAAGAUAUUUUGAGACAUUCAAAGGGAUAAUGGAUAGUGAUAGUUAUUAUUAAAGUAAGGACAUAUUUGGUAAUUCAAAGGUUGAAAAGUUUAAGGAAAAAAAAAAGUAGAAUUGCUUUAUUAGGGAAUAUAGAUAUAAAUGAGGUUGUAUGUCUUGGAAAGAAGGUGAUGAUUGCAUCAUAGAGGAUGAGGUGUUGUGUUUAUAUACAAUGUGAGAUUUGUGUGAAAAUAAGAACCUUUCUUUAAUGAUGAUUUUCAUUUGUACUUACUUUUUGAUGUGCUAUUCACAUUUUAAUGUGUCAUCUUUCAA